ACUAAAUCCAUUAACGGCAUUGACUUUCUUCGGUUUUUUCACCUUCUUCAAUUUCGGUAAGAAGAGAUAUCUGAAUUAGUCUCUCUCUCGGUGGUGACAUCUCGACGCCCAGUUGUUGUUCCAUAUACCUGAAUCUCUUUGUCCGUGGCUGGCGGCAACCAGCCGAAUGAAAAUCUAAGACCUCCUGCUUUUACUGUGACGUUGAUGUGUUUAAUUGAGUAAAGAUGUUGGAUUGUGGUUACAACAAGUCACAGUACGUGGGAGGCCAGAGAGACAAGUUUGUGAGGCUGGAUGACUUGGACUCUAGAUUGUCAUCGCCUUCUGAUUCUGGAGGGAGAAGAUGUGGGUUUAAUAUUGAGGGACUAACCCGGACUGCUCCUGCAAGGGAUACAUCUUUUAAGAGAGGAAUGAAAAAGGGGUCUGAAGGUCUUAAGUCAAUCGGCCGAUCACUUGGAUUUGGGAUUUCUCGUGCAGUGUUCCCUGAAGAUCUUAAAGGGUCAGACAAGAAGAUAUAUGAUCCUCAGGACAAAUUUCUCUUGUUGUGGAAUAGAUUUUUUGUCAUCUCAUGUAUUCUGGCAGUGUCUGUGGACCCUCUGUUUUUCUAUCUUCCAGUCAUCAAUAGUUCAUCAAAUUGUCUUGGUAUAGAUCGAAGGUUGGCUAUCACAGCAACCACACUGCGGAUGAUUGUUGAUGCUUUCUAUCUUAUUCACAUGGCUCUCCAGUUUAGAACAGCUUACAUUGCUCCAUCAUCUCGGGUUUUUGGAAGAGGUGAACUGGUGAUUGAUCCAGCACGAAUAGCCAAGCGGUACUUACGAAGUUAUUUCAUCAUUGAUUUUCUUUCAGUGCUACCCCUACCACAGAUUGUAGUUUGGAGGUUUCUUCAGAGGUCCAAAGGUUCAGAUGUGCUUGCUACAAAACAGGCUUUGCUUUUCAUAGUUUUAUUUCAGUAUAUUCCCAGACUUUUUCGAGUCUAUCCUUUGACUUCAGAACUGAAAAGAACAGCUGGCGUCUUUGCUGAAACUGCAUGGGCAGGUGCUGCAUACUAUUUGCUAUUAUAUAUGCUCGCUAGUCAUAUAGUUGGGGCAUUCUGGUAUUUGUUAGCUUUAGAACGCAAUGAUACAUGCUGGCAGAUGGCUUGUACUGAUAUUGGAAAACCAUGUGAUAAAACUCUCUUGUACUGCGGGAACCAAAACAAUUUAGAUAAUGCAACUUGGUCCAAUGUUACUGGAAACAUCCUAUCAAAAUGCUCGGCAGAUGACAAUAAUACCUACUUUGAUUUUGGAAUCUUUAAUUCGGCUUUAUCAUCUGGGGUUGUUUCAUCCAAGAAGUUCAUUGUCAAGUACUGUUACUGUUUAUGGUGGGGACUACAGAAUUUAAGUACGCUUGGUCAGGGUCUUGCAACCAGCACCUAUCCUGGAGAGGUUAUAUUUUCCAUAUCACUGGCUAUAUUUGGACUUAUCCUCUUCGCACUUUUGAUAGGAAACAUGCAGACCUAUCUUCAGUCUCUUACUAUUCGACUUGAGGAGAUGAGGGUCAAAAGACGUGAUUCAGAGCAGUGGAUGCAUCACCGCUUGCUCCCACAAGACCUUAGGGAACGCGUCAGGCGAUAUGAUCAAUAUAAGUGGUUGGAAACACGCGGGGUGGACGAGCAGAGUUUGGUUCAGAGCCUACCAAAGGAUCUCAGGAGAGAUAUUAAGCGGCACCUCUGUUUGGCAUUAGUGAGGAGGGUUCCUUUGUUUGAUAAUAUGGACGAGAGGUUGCUUGAUGCCAUUUGUGAGAGACUGAAACCAAGUUUAUUCACAGAGAGUACUUACAUAGUUCGGGAAGGAGAUCCCGUCGAUGAGAUGCUUUUCAUCAUACGUGGUCGCCUUGAGAGUGUUACAACAGAUGGUGGCAGGAGUGGGUUUUUUAACCGAAGUUUACUGAAAGAAGGUGAUUUCUGUGGUGAGGAGCUUCUAACUUGGGCACUGGAUCCCAAAUCUGGUGCCAACCUCCCAUCAUCUACUCGGACAGUUAAGGCUUUAACUGAGGUUGAGGCCUUUGCACUUGUAGCUGAAGAGUUGAAAUUUGUUGCCAGUCAGUUUAGGCGCCUUCACAGCAGACAGGUUCAGCACACCUUCCGUUUCUACUCACAACAAUGGCGGACUUGGGCUGCUUGCUUUAUCCAAGCAGCAUGGCGUCGCUAUUCCAAGAGGAAAAUCUUGGAGCUUCGUCGUAAGGAAGAGGAAGCAGAAGCAGAAGCCUUGGGAGGUGCUCGCAGCAACGCUGGAGGUUCAUAUAGCAUUGGUGCCACAUUUUUAGCUUCUAGGUUUGCUGCAAAUGCACUUCGUGGUGUCCACCGAAACAGGAAUUUGAAGAGCGCUCGAGAAUUAAUCAAACUACAAAAGCCUCCGGAGCCCGAUUUUAGCGCUGAAGGUGCUGAUUGAUUUGUGAGGCAUUAUAUGACUGGAUCAAAAUACCGAUCAGCGUCUAUUUUCUAGGUUGUCACAAACAAUGUAAUAUGUAGAAAUACCAGCUUGGAACUUGAAGAAAUGUUCAAAUUGUAUGUUUGAUACACUUGUUUUCCAUUAGGGAUGGUUGGAAGAUUAUGCAUUGCCUUUUAUCUUUA